CUCCAAUCGGCAACUCCAAAUUGGGGACAAAUUCGACUCAUCCACAACAAAGCCCAUCAUAUCCAAUCCAGCCAACACAAUAAAUAUCAGAGGAAUCGCCUGCUUCUUUGCGUCGCUACAUGGUCCCUUAAUUGUUGGCCCACCCAUGCGCUGCAACCAUGGAGUAUGUCAGCGCCCUUCGCGGCAACCCUUUCGAUGAGGAUAAGCCGUCACUGUUCGAAUUGCUCUCGGAGCAACAGCUCGCCAGCUUGCUGCCACCGACGAUCCGCUACCUCCUAACCGUCGCGACCCAACGAUAUCCGCGCUACCUGUUGCGCGCCCUAAACUCCUUCGAUGAGCUUUACGCUCUUGCCGCCCUCAUAGUCGAGCGCUACUACCUCCGCACCCGCGGAGGCUCCUUCACCGAGCAUUUUUACGGCCUGAAGCGCGAGCGCGCCUCGACCGUCUCCGUCGCCGAUCUUCCUCGUGCCUCUUCGGCCGCCCCGACUAUCGUCCGCGAGACCUUGCGCCUCAAGACCUCGGAUAUAUGGAAGAACCUUGCCGUGCUGGUCCUGUUCCCCUACGUCAAGCGACGGCUGGACGAGGCCCACGAGAUCGACGCCCCCCGCGCCACGCUCCUUGGCUCCGCCUACAACCAGCCUCCGCUGCCAGGCGCUUCGCUGCGCGAGAAGCUUAAUUUCUAUUACAGGUGGUUCCUCCGCCACAUUUACCCGAGCCUCAACGCCGGCUACCACUUUGCCACGUUGGCCUUCAGCCUGGCCUAUCUGUUCGACAACAGCCGCUUCCACAGCCCGUUGCUAUGGCUGGUAGGCACGCGCAUCCGUCGCAUGAACGCUGCCGACUACCAGGACAUUGAGGCCCUUGAGAAGGGAGAGGCAGGUCCGGCUGCGGGACACCCGCCGGGCCCGAGAUCGUUGCUUUCGCCGGCCGGAUUGGCAUCUAAGGUCCUCUCGGGACUCUCCCUAGCAUUGCCAACCAGCAUCAUACUGCUCAAGUUCCUCGAGUGGUGGUACGCAUCUGAUUUCGCCAAGCAGCUGUCUCGCCGGGCGGCCGAGGGCAUUGAGCUGCCGCCGCCCAUCGUCACGGGACUCGGAGCGCCGGGUCGCCAGAAUACAAAGGGGGCAGCGGGGGCAGCUGGAUCCUCGAACUCUGGCGCUUCGGCGCGAGCGGAGGAGAAGAAGAAGACGGAGGAAGACUCAGAAGACACCCAAGAGCCGCGAGCCGAGGAUGCGCCCAUUGCGGCGACGUCGUUACUGCCCAUCCUGACGGUGCCGCCGCCAGCUGAUAUGGACCUAUGUCCAAUCUGCGGCGACGAUAUAACAACCGCGACCGCCUGCCAGACGGGGAUCGUCUACUGCUACGUCUGCAUACACAAAUGGGUUGCGGGCGAGCACCCAAAGCAAGAAGCUUUCAUGGCAAUCGGCAGGGCUGGAAGGUGGGAGAGCGGUGCUGGAAGGUGCGCCGUGACGGGCAGGCGAGUCCUCGGGGGCACCGAGGGGCUGCGCAGGAUCAUGGUCUAGUCAGCCAAGUGAUCGGCGGGGGAGCGUAUAAUUGUUUUGAUAUAAUGUACAUGAGCUGGGCGUGAGGGAUGGAAUUUGUUGAUCUAGAAUCCAAUGGACGCGACCAGAAUAUGCAUGCGGAGGCGUUUGAUGGAGUUGGGUUUCGGGUUAUCUGUUACGGUGUAAAUAUAGGUAGGUUUGCGCUAUCGGGACUCUUAGCCUCGUGACGGUAUUAUAAAACGGGUGCCCAGCUAAAUACCGAGGAUAAAAAUCCGUUAUUUUUACCACAAUUACAAAUUGAAAUUCGACAUAUACUGUGGUCUAUGAAAUACUCGGAGUAGCAAGAAAACUAGAUGCUUUCAG